AUGGGUUGCCUGUCCAUACUCGAGCACGUCGCGGAGCCGCCGCUGGUGUCGAACUGCUCGGCGGCCGUGCUCCGCUGUCGCCUCGACACCGCGGGUCCCAACAUCGAAGUCUGGUGGACGUUCCACGGCGAGAACGCCUCCAAGCUUCCGAACGUUGUGCUCGAGCCGCCGCCAACUCGCGAGGCCAGGGCGGUCUCCUCCGUCGCGCCGCCGGCCACAACACCGCCGGCGACCGCAGCGACACCGGGCGCGACAACCACACCGUCCAACGCGUCGGCCCACAACUCGACGACCUUGGCGCACAACUCCACGUCGUCUUCUAACGAGACCUGGACCGAGCCGCCGACCUCGCUGACGACGCCCGGUGGCGACGUCUUCUCGGGUGAAGACGCCGAGAACGUCACGACUGCGUCGCCGCAGGCCACGACAACUUUGCCGAGUGGCGAGGCGACGUCUUCCGAGGUCGAUUCUUCCGGCGAGGAUGAGGAGAAGUCUGCCGUGUGGACGCUGCGGCUGAACUGUCCGACUCUCGAACACGCUGGUAGUUACGCCUGCUACGCGUUAUCGCGGAACGCCAGCGAGUUCAUCUACAAAAAGGAAGCGUCCCUCGACGUCUACGUGCCGGUGAGCGUGGAAGUUGAGCAGAGCGUGGUCGAGGCGACGGUCAACUCGUCGGUUACGCUGUCAUGUCUUGCCACGGGUCACCCCAAGGUCACCACGCUUCUCUGGUCGCGUGCCUCGGACGACGACGAACAGGACGACCCGGCGGCGGCCACCGGCAACUCCACCAGCUCAGAGGACGCUACCUUUGGCAGCCGCUUGAUCGACAGCACAAACGUCACACAGGUGUCCGAGGUCCAAUACCGGGCGCAGCUGACGCUUGAGUCCCUCCAGAGGCGGGACAAUGGCACAUACGUCUGCUACGCGGGCAACGAGUACAACAUGACCAUGGCGGUGCAGGAUGUACUCGUACUUGAGCCCCCAGAGGUGAACCUGUCAUCACUGAAGGCCGAGGACGCACGCACAGCAAAGCUCAGCUGGCAUGUGCGCCACUCGGGCAACCAGCCCGUAUCGCGCUACCACCUCCAGGUGCGCAACUACUCCACCGAAGCCGACUGGCUGGACGUGCACAAUGCAGUGCCACCGAACAUGACCUCUUAUCUUGUCCACUACCUGGCACCCGGUGCCACCUACGGUUUCCGCCUUGCUGCUGUCAACUCGGUCGGUAACGGACCCUGGGAGCAACGAAACAUCACUAUGCCACCGGAUGUUCCACCAAAAAUCAACCAGGUGCAUCUGUUGGCGACAACUAAUGAGACCCUGGUGUUUGCAUGGCGAAGGCCUAGUCAUGAUAAUGGCGCAAACAUCAGCCAGUACCAGUUGGAGCUCUUUCGUCCAGGCCAAGUCCACCGCAACCAGACAACACUCUCAGCCGAGCCACAGAACAGGCUGAAGCACAUGUAUGUCUAUGUAAGCCUCACACCAGGAGAACAGUACAUCUUUCAGAUGCGUGCUUGCAACAUCAUUGGCUGUGGAAAUUGGUCCGAGCAACUGGACGUGAGCACAGCUGACGGAAUGGCUGGAGCACCACAGAAUGUGACAAUGUUUUGUGUUGCAAAUACGGAAAUGAACAUGACUUACGGCAUCAUCACAUGGCACCCACCCGAGGAUGCGCGUGGAACAAUUGUUGGUUACAAGGUCCUGUUAGAAGGGCAUGCGUUUUUUCGACGCGAGACGGGUGUCUUUGACACAGAGCGUCUGAAGGAGCCGCAUGAAGUAAACUCCACCACUCUUAAGUAUACCAUCACCAUCAAGCCCAACACCAACUACACCGUGCGCAUUUGCACCGUGAACAAGGCUGGCUGCGGAAAUCUGAGUGGUGUGACAGCUCGAUCGACCUGCACUUCACCUCCGAUAGGGCCAGCACAACUGCCCAAGUUCAACCUUCAGCGAAUGGAGCGUGAAAAGCGUCACAGGCAGCUAAAGCUCCACUUGAAACGAGUGUCCGAGAGGAAUGGAAACAUCCUGUGCUACAGGGUGAUCGUGGUGAAGCUUGCCCGUGGGGAGACAUUAGAGUCAUUGCCCAAGGACCAAAAGCAACUAAACAUCACGUCCUAUCAUGAAGUGCAUCGUGUAAGCAGCAAUGGAGCCUACAUUGCAGAGGCUAUCAGCAGUGAAGACUUUGUGGAAGAGGUGAUCCUUGGGGACGAAAGGAAUCAUGUGUGCUCUGCUGAUUCGAUGCGGAGCACAACAGAGGACUCGCGCAUGAACAGAAGAGCUGCCGAUGCACUCAACAUCACCGAGCCGUCCACACCUGCCGUCGAUGUUGAAUAUGUGCGCGAUGGCGCACUUGCGGCCAACACAAACUACACCGGCUUUGUCCAAGUACAUGUUCGAGGUUCUAAUGGGGCGUUGCUCUCUCAGCAGAGCCCUUACUUUGCUCCAGUAGACACAGGCACUGAUCGCAACACUAUCACUGCUGAAAGCCCUGCUGCAAUUGUGUUUGGAGUAAUAUGUGGCCUUGUCCUUGUGGCUUUGAUGAUGGUCAUCAUUGUGUGCAUCAUGAAGAAGAAAAAUGGCCAGCUGUAUGAGGACCAAGGUGAGCGGCUGGGUCUGACCGCAUUUCUUCGGAGAACCAUUCAGAAGAAUGGCCAUGUUCCCCGGGCGAAAAGAGGCAGUUUUGUGAACUCUCCAAACUCUAUCCCCAUCUCGGCGGACAACUUGCCAACUGCCUUCAUGAAGCGUCACUGUGACAGUGAUUUGUUCUUUCAAAGUGAAUUCGAGAUGUUGCCCGAGAAGUUCAAGGACAGGACAACAUAUGCCUCUGAUGCUCCAGAAAACAUGCACAAGAAUCGUUACCCAGACAUCAAGGCUUUUGACCAAACAAGGGUCAAACUCUCCACCAUUGAUGGCAUUCCUGGCUCCGACUACAUCAAUGCAAAUUUCGUUGAGGGUUUCGGUGGAAAGAAGACAUUUAUCUGUGCACAAGGUCCUCUGGAUCGGACUGUGACAGACUUCUGGAGGAUGAUAUGGGAGCAUAGAGUCUCAGUCAUAGUGAUGCUAACUGGAAUUGAAGAAAAUGGCAAGAUAAAAUGUUCCCAGUACUGGUCUGAUGAUGGUGUCAAAGAAAUUGAAAAGCAGUAUACUGUUAGGGUUGUGACUGCAAAGAGGUAUUCGGAUUACAUUGUACGGAGGUUCUUUGUUGAACACACUCAGGAUGGUAUUACUGAGGAGCGAGAGGUCUUGCAAUUUCACUUCACCAUGUGGAAAGACUUUCUGGCGCCUGACCAACCUUCAUGGCUUCUACGAUUCAUCAAGCGUGUCAAUGAGCAUUACGUCUCUGACAGAGGGCCACUGCUGGUUCAUUGCAGCGCUGGUGUGGGCAGAACAGGGACGUUUGUGGCUAUUGACUCGCUGCUGGAGGAGCUAGAAAAGACUGAAGAAGUAGACAUCUUCAGCUGUGUGGCCAGUCUUCGCAAGCAGCGCAACUUCCUCGUUCAGUCACUGAAGCAAUAUAUUUUUAUUUACCGGGCACUUCUGGAGCAUGCACAGUUUGGCGACACAGAAAUUGAAAUCCAGCAUCUCAGGGACCACUACCUUCAGUUGAAAGAGAAACUAGGAAACUCUGAAAAGUCUGGGAUGGUACUGGAGUUCGAGAAACUCGGCGAUGUCAUUGAGGACCCCAAGACGUGUUGCGUGGGAAUGAUGGACAUGAAUGUAGCAAAAAACAGAUAUGACUUCAUUGUACCUUACGACUGCAACAGAGUUAUUUUGCCCGUGUCACCUUCACGAGACCAUUCAUCUUACAUCAAUGCCUCAUUUGUCCAGGGUUAUGACCGGUCACUGUCUUUCAUCAUCACUCAAGACCCGCUAGACUGUUCUGUUGUGGAGUUUUGGCGCAUGAUCAAGGAGCAGUGCAUUUCUACUAUUGUUAUGCUCUCUGAACUUGGUGAGGGCCAGACCAAAUGCCAGCAGUACUGGCCCUCUGAUGGAGAGCUUAUGUGCGACUACGUCAAGGUCAAGUUUGUGUCUCAAGACAAUGGCAACUACUUCAUCAAACGCGAGUUUGACGUCAUCAAUGUAAAGUCUGGGGACAUCCAUCGUACAACACAAUUCCAGUACCUGGGCUGGGUUGGGCAGCCAGUCAUAGACGCUGACAGCACAGCGAGCAUCAUUGCCCUAAUCGAGUGUGCCCAGCAGUGCCAAGCGCUACGUCCAAGUGGUGGCCCUGUCACGGUACACUGCAGUGGUGGUGGCGACAGGAGCAGUGUGUUUGUGACGCUGAGUGUGUUGAUACAACAGCUCAAAGCCGAGGAGAGGGUGGAUGUUUUUCAAGCAGCACGCUACACUCGUUCCCAGAGGCACUGUAUGCUACAGACACCUAACCAAUACGAGUUUCUCUACCGUGGCCUGCUGACAUACAUCGAGUCGCACAAUCUUUGCAACAUGGGCGACACUCAGCUAUGAGGGCUACACAUGCUAGGAUGUUCCAAGGUCCACCUUCACCAUGAGGCACGCACCAGCAACUGUGACUGCGAGCCACAUGUGCACGCGCCUCGCCCAAAGGGCAUGCCCCUACCGCGGCACUGAGGCCAACUUCCGACCAGCUGGACUGGUGCUGGAAGAAAGGUGGCUUUUUUUUUUUUUUCAGUUGUUGUAGGCUGCCGACAAGCAAGACACGCACGUCAGGACAGGAACUCGGAAGUGCGCGUUUUAUUAGUUUUUUUUAUGACAGUGUCGACAAAGGGAAAGUGGACAAACAACUCGCUUACGAAGAAGCCAAUAACAUAGUGCAAGUGUUGAAAUGCAGUACACGAGUCUCUCCUGCCUUGGUAAGGCAUUGGAGACAAAAGAAUAUGCUUGCUGCGAGACCUUGCAGCCCCUUUUUUUCUUCAGUUGCACAAGCUGAAGACAUCUUGAGGCUUCUGCAAGAACACUUCUUUAAAAAAAAUGGCAAGCAGAAGAUGCCAUCACUUCUGAACUACACUUCUGUUGUGCUCUGCCAGUCGUCCAUGUUCCGAUUUGUUUCGUCACAGGUGGAGUGCUUUAUGAGUGGGUAUUGUGAUAGUCAACUGUUUGCAUUAGUCUUGCAGUGAGUCACUGAAGCCAUCUGUAACUUUGGUGCCCAUAGGAACAGUGUUUUUUUAGGAAAAUGCUUACAAGCUCUUCGAAGUGUGCAUCCUAAAGACUGUGGUCACACAGGAGCACCCACACUGGCAGCACUUGGGAGCAGUGCUGUUUCGGCCUUGUGUAUUCUCAUGGCGUCCAAAUGGCUUGAGAGCACCUUCCAUCCUGAAUGCUUCAAACAAAAUGACAAUGCAGUGUUUAGGUGGACUAUGACCGACUUCCCCAUGAGCUGUCUGUGCCCUGAAAACUCUGCUCAUAGGCCCACGACAAAAUAUUUGCAGCCUAGGUUGCACCUUUGGCUGUAGAGCUUGGGCUAGGUUUCUAGCUGACCUAGUUCAGGUUGUGUUGGCUCUGCCUGGGUCAAGCCUUAGGUGAUGUUACUGUCAAGGUCACGGUUUGUUUUUGUGGACACUCGCAUAAUAUUAUACAAGACAACAAAAGGCAGGAACACGGAACAGUUUUUGCUACAUUUUUGUUACGCCUGUCCGAGUUAAUUUUUUAUUCUAAUCCAGAACCCACGUAAAUGUAUUUUAUAAAAAUGCAAGUUCACGUGAAUGUGUUUCAGCAUGGACAAUUGUAAUAACUAUGUGUUAAGUGAGCUCAUAAUUACUUUGAUGUUUCGGCCUCUCAGUGUGAGCAUUUUUUUUUCAUUGUCUCAAUGGCAAUUGAAGCUUUGUAAUUUUACUUGUGUUGUGAAAGCAUUUAAUUUUACAUUUUCUAAUUUUUUAUAUACUGCAAACCAGGAAUCAUGGUUUGCCUGUGGAACAGGGAAACGUUGAUUUCACAUGUGCUCUUUUUUUUUUGUCGUUUUGUAGAUUACCAUAUGCCAUCACACAGCUUUUAUCUUUCUUUAGAGCUUAAUGCUGGUUGCAAGACAUCACUAAAUACGGCUUCACAAAGUUAUAUUAGCAAUCAGUCACAUACUAUUAAGUGGAAGAUCUGGUGUUCCUUUUCGAGGUGGACAGAUUGGUGCUAGUACUGUACUAGUAUCACAAUAACUUCUAUUUAUUUCUGCAUAUUAGAUAGAUGCCAUUCUGAAUUUAUAUGAUGAAGGUGAAAUUCAAUUUUUCAUUUCAAUUUGUCUUCUUGCUGUGGUAAGUUUGACUUUUUUUUUUGGUAAGGAAUAUCGUUAUGGUCACUGAUACAACAUUUGCCCGUUGCAUUGCGUAAAAUCUAGUGUUAUCCAGCGCCUGCAAGUCCAAGAAGUGUAUACUUUGCAAAAACAGGCAUUUUAGUGUAUGCGUAUUUCACAAAUGAGAACACACUUGUUUUUAUGAGCAAACAUGACUUACUCACGCCGUGAGCCAGCGUGGGCAAGCUCUUCAAUAUCCUAGGCAAAGUUGUACUAGUCACAUGCUUUUUCGAGAUCAACUUUCAGUCCUGGCUUUUUGUUAAGGGAUUGUCUCUCAAUCUUUGCAUUGUUAUACAGGUUCAUGAAGUUUGUACAUUUUGCUGGGAGACAAGCAAUGCCAUAUUUCUUCAAUCGUUGCACUGAUUUCAUGUACACGGUAUGCAUUUGUGUUUUGGUUUAAUGUUUGCAAUGUGUUCUCUUAACAACUUAAGAUCCUGCUGGUGGGCUAGUUGGUUUCUCAUGAUAGCACACAACAGAAUGACUAAUGGAAAUGAACAUACUGAUGGACAAACAUAAGCGCUGAACUUCAGUUGUAGUUUAUCGCUGGUGGACGAGCUCAAAUAUGUGCUUCUGUGAAUUCAUUGUGUCGCUUAAAGAAACACCAAGAAGAAUCGGGUGCACAGAUUAUAAAAUCUAGCCAUUUCGCGGUACUCUUCUCGCACACGAAUAAUACGAAAGAUAGGCAAGCCAGCUAACAGUGCCAUGUUUUGCUGCACCGACAUCUUAUUCAUCACGUUAGAAAAUCGAGGGGCAACUGACUACUUAGCUCCCAUAACGUUUUCGCUCAACCUACAAAAACUUGGCUGCAAUGUUGAUGUGAUUUUGUGCUCUCUGCACAGUAUGGCUUUCAGCACUUUGAAAAAGAACAUUUUCUCUGAAAAUCAAUGGAAGUGUAUUUAAUUCAUCAAAAGAGAACUUAUGGCACCUGCAUGAGUGUGUUUUACUCUGGGAAAAUAUGUUCCAUUGAACAGGAGUUCCGUUUACUCAGAGGUGAACAUGAGUGCAGAAUACAAGCCCGAAACCAAGCAUUGUAGAGAAAAUAGUUCCGUUUAAGCAGUAGUUCUGUUUAGCAGAUUUCCGUUUACUGAGAGUCUACUGUAUAAAAUGCCCAAAGACCACGACUAUCGCUGCUCUUGGUAAAAUAAUGGCCACACUGUCUUCUGUUUCAUGGAUUGUCGCCUAAGUAUUAAAUGAGGUGUCAUGCAAACGAAAAAGCAUAUCAGUGCCAUGUUUUGCUGCACCGAAGCAGUGUAGAUUUUAAAAUGAGAGAAAAGUUUCUCACCAGUUGCCCCUUGGUUGCCCAAUCUGACUCGAGAAAAGACUUUUCUGCAACAUGUGUCAUUGUUAAAUUACUCUCAUAGCUUCCAUUUCUGCUGGUGCAGCAUGAUUGCUAUUGCAUGACUUUAUUCUAUAAAUCUGUGCUUGUGAUCUUCUCAUUAGGUUUCUCUUUAGGCGAUUCAAUGCAUGCACUGAAGCGAAUUUCAGCUUGUUUACUAGCAACAAACAAUGCUUCAAGUUCAGUGCUUUUGUUUGUAGAUUCUUAGUUUCUGUAUCUGUUUCUUCACAACAUUGUGGUAGCUUCAUGACCACUUAAGUAAGUUGUGGUUAGUUCACAAAAAUAAUAAUGUUGAGCUAGUCUUACCUGUGAAACAGCAUUGCCUGGUUCUUUUCACAAUUUUACUUCAAGACCCUCCAGUUAAGGUGGUUACUUUAAGCUCUUUUGAGGAACGCAUUGAGUCAAGGCUUAAUUUAUCUCGGGGCAUUUAAUGCCUGCAAAAUAUUGACAACUAUCUUAUACAUUGUGCCCUUUUAAAUUAAGUCUUCUGUUCAUAACUAAAAAGAAAGUAAAAUGCCUGGAGAAUUGUAUGCACUUGGCUGCUUCAUAUACAGUAUACACAUCUGUAUGUAUACACCAUUUGACACUGACAAGAUUGAGGCUACAAUGCUUUCGAGAAGUUGUGAGGCUUCAAGAAUUGUAGCAAAUUAAGCAAGAGCACUGUAUUUUCGUUUUGUUUUUUAGAGUUCUUAGCAUUCCUCUUGGCAUACGACUGAAUUAAAUUAGCAUUGUUAUGACCUCUCACUGCACUAAUGAUGGACGUUCCAAAGAAAGGCCAAUCAUCUUGACUAUAGACAUUGCUCAUUUCUUUUUCAGCAAUGCCAGUACUUCAAACACAAUCAGAACUACGCUUUGUAUAUUUAUAACAGUACUAUGUCGCAAUCUAUAUUGACGGCUGUUGUGAUCUUGGAACUCCUAGAACAAGGUCGUGUUCUUGUUUUUUCAAACCUUACGAAUAAUAGACAGAGAAAAAAAGCACUAGUUUAACAUACACCAGGGCUCAAAAUUAUUCAGAAUAUUUUGUGAAAUAGUGCUUGCUUUGAAUAAAUUAUUAUGCUUGCUUUAUUUUUAAUUUAGUAGGAUUGACCAGCAAGUGUCAAAAGCAAUGUUGAACAAAACUUGCCCGCUCUUGAUACUGAACACUUGUCCUUGACAAUGGCUGUAUAAAACGAAAUUGCAAAAUAGAAUGAAUGGGUUGUCUAAUAAAAAUGAGCAAAGUAUAA